AAAGUCAAAACCGAAGACAGUAAUUUUGAUGGACUACUUUUACAAAAAACAACAUUUGCUACGUUUUCAAAAGUUCACUGUCACCUUGCACUACCUUAAUCACAGCGAUUAAAGAUCAGUUUUGAACGACACGAGGUCAAGAGUAGGACGAGUAGUAUCAAUGUAUAGGCUAAACAUAAACAUAACUAAACACACCUCUGAGUUUAGCACCCAGUAAGAACAUUGCAUUAUGGCCAAUAUCUUGAGAAAUGUAGUCGUGAAAGGAGCAAAAAGCAGUACCCGGACAAGGACGAAUUAUAUACAACGUGAUGUUAUUAGGCCCACUAAGUUGAUGUCGACAAUUUCAACGGCAGAUCCCAAACGUGUUGAUCCAAGGGAAGCAUAUACUGUAAAACUAGAAUACGAGGGCACUGAUACGUCAGAUGUCAAAGACAUUGUCAAUGAACUGACUCUAGGACCUGGUCAUGUUAAACUAUCGGGUCUGUUUUCCAAAGAUGAUGUUGAUAACGCGAGGGAUACGAUUAUGUACCUUGCUGAAACACAAGGCAGCCGUGCGACGCAUUUUCAGGGAAAGGGAAAGCCAGAGACGCAGGCACGAGUCUGGAAUUUGCUCAAUAAGGGACAAAUAUUUGAAAAGAUAAUUCAGCACCCCAAAAUCUUGGCCAUUCUUGAUCCCAUCUUAGGGGAUGAUUGUCAACUGGGGAGUGUUGCGGCCAAUGUGUUAUUCCCAGGGGGUUCUGGUCAGGAGCCCCAUAUCGACUACCCGUACUGGGAUUAUUUCUCUAAGAAACACUGGCCUGUGCCUCCUAAAAGUCCCGAAAUCCAAUUCCACAUGAACAUCCAGGUGACUGUGAUGCUACACGAUUUCACUAAGGAGAAUGGAGCAACGGCUGUCCUCCCAGGUUCCCAGAAGAAUAUUCACUACCCGGAUGAUGCUGAUUCGUUUUAUGCGAAUUGUAUACAGACAGAAGGUAAAACUGGCGAUGUCGUGAUGUUCCCAGGACUGAUAAAUCACUGUGCAAUGCCGAACAAAUCGAAUAAACCUCGCGGUGCUCUGCUUAUGCAAUACCUGCCAAAAUAUAUCCGUCCGAUGGAAGACCAAAGGAGGCUUCUUCAGAAGACCGUGAUGCAACGCGCCACGCCACAAUUGCGUCGUCUUCUGGCGGUUGACUAUCCAUACCCAGCGAUCAUGGACGAAUUAGAUCCUAUUAAUUCUGAAGGAGCAAACUCUGACUUUGAUUGGAAAUAGUCGUCUUCUGCUUAGUGCAUGUUCUACAGGGUGGGCCAAAAACGGUCAUAUGUUUCAUUUGACAAUAACCGUUUAACUCUUCUAUAUAUUUUAGUACUCUCAAUAAACAUUCAAAAGAAAGAUUCAAGUUUGGGGAUGUUUUAUAUUAUAAUGUUUUCAUUAUAAAUCCACACCGUAAUAUAAUGUAGGGGGACGGAGCAAUAGAUUACUUAAAAAAUACACCAGUGCGAGAUGAUCUAGUCGGACUUAGGUUAGAGGCCAAUUGUUAAUAAUAGGGAGUUUAAGCUUGCAUAUAAAAUCGAAAAGCCAACCUAUAGGUAUGACCAAUCGCCCAUACAAAUGCAUCGCUUAAAUAUUUUUCGUUCACGUUUGGGUUGUGAAAAACAUUGCAAGCUUAAACUCCUCGGAUAGAUGUUUCAUUUCAUUCCGAGCAUAUGGUACCAAGAACAUAAGAAGUGUCUGAUGUGUUUUCUAAAACAAUAUAGAGAAAAGUGAAUUAUACAUAUUUCAAAUUAUUAUGUUACCAUCCAAAAGAUG